AUGGACUUCCUGCAGAUGAAGCACCUAAAGAGGAAGAGAAAGAGUAACUACAGCGUGAAGGAAACGCAGACUCUUAUUUGUGAGAUCCACAAACGGCGCAAGAUUCUAUUUUCACGGCAACAGAACAUGGCCAUCAACGAACUGAAGCGUUGCGCAUGGGAGGAGGUCGCAGACAGCGUAAAUGCGUUGGGCGAAGGGGAGCUACGCACAGCAGCUGAGGUCAAGCGACGUUACCUGGACUGGCGUGCACUCAUGAAACGAAAGCAGCUUCAGGCCAAGUUGGUGUCAGGAUUGAAGGCGGAGUUUGAACCGUCGUCUCCAGAUAAUGAGGUGUCUCUGGAUGGUGGUGAACAGUCGCUAGACCUCAGUGGGUUUUCCAAAGACUUGGCAUGCGACUGGCAAGAUCUGACUGACCUCGGGGAGCCCAGCACCCACUCAGCAGGAGUCAAAAUGGAGGACAGUUAUGCCAGCAGCUACAGAUUUGAGGCAGAUGUCGGGGAAAGUGCUGAGGGUGAGGAAGAUGAUGAAGACUGUUUUCCCUCCAUCCUGCCGGACAUGGACCGUGAAGGACAUGUUCCUGAAGUCUUCGCUCACAUCGAUGAGUACGAUGUGCUUAGCUCCACAAAGCCUUCGUCUGGCCCAGCAGCAGGCAGAGACAUAGGGGUCGGAGUUGGCACAGUGACUGGGAUGACUGUAGCGGGAUUAGGCCUGUCUGGUAGCGACAGCAUAAGCCUGCUGGUGGCGCUGGAGAGGCAGCGACUGGACCUGGAGAAACAUCGCUUACAGGUGGAGUCUGAACGGCUGCAGGUGGAGAAAGAGCGCCUCCUGGUGGAGAAAGAGAAGUUGCGGCAGGGUGAGGUGGAGCGAGAGAGGUUGCAGUUGGAGAAGGAACGUUUGCAGGUAGAACGAGAACGAUUGCGACUGCUCGUGCAACAAAACAUGCCACUCAUACAAAGCCCCGCCCCUUCUACCUCCAUGACCACGCCCACCACUUCCUCCUCUGUCUCCACGUCUUCCUCAUUGGACGGAGAGAAGGACAAGAAGCUGACCUGGCCUAUGGUGGUGGAUUUGGAGGCUGAGAAGCUGAAGUUGGAGAAGGAGCGCCUCCUGUUGGAGAAAGAGAGACUGCAGUUCUUUAAGUUUGAGUCGAGCAGACUGCAGAUAGAGAAAGAGUGCCUGCAAGUUGAGAAAGAGAGGCUGCAGCUUCAAAAAGAUGGCCAACAGAUGGCACUGCACUCGUGAAACACCAUUGAUCAUGUCAGCCCACAUGAUUGGCCAAACAGCGAAACCGGUGUAACAGGCAAAAAUCUAGGUGGAUUGAGUUGUUCUCAUUCACUGAUUGUGGAUAUAUGUUGCUCAGAAACAUGAAUGUGAACAGUCAAAGCAGAAAUGAGCAGUGCAUCACGGCCUGCAAAGUGAAUGUAGCUGGUGUUUGUGAGUAUGUCUGUGUGUAUUUGUUCAGUCAAGAGUGUUCUCUCACCGUUUAGCUUCUCAUGGUAAUUGUUUUCAGGUCUUGAAGAUCCCAGAGUUGCAGAACUGAUGGCCUUUUUUUGAGUGCUGAUUGGUUUACAUGUUACAUGUCGGAUGUUAUGUUUAAAUAAA